UCUUCACUGCCAUUACAAUGUGGACCUCACUAUAGAUUGUGUUGACUCUCGUUUGUUUAGAUUGUGUUGACCGGAGAGUGUGGCGAAAAACGUGGAUUUUUGGUUGUGAAAAAAAUGUUUCUGUGUUAGAAAACGUGUAUUUUUGUAGAAAACAUGUUUCUAUGUUAAAACGUGUAUUUGAGGUUGUAGAAAACAUGUUUCUGUGUUAGAAAACGUGUUUCAGGCUGUGGAAAACAUGUUUCUGUGCUCGCCGGUGACUAGUGUGUUUGUGAUAGUUGUUUUGUAUGGUGUAUUGGGUUCCUAUGUGCUGGCGGGACGCGGUGACUAUAAUAAAAUAGGAGUACCAAAUCUCGGACGUGAUAGUGAAAUCGGGCGUCUCCCCGCGCCCCGGCAACUGGAUCCUGGAGAAGAGCCGUGACGGAGAAAGUUGGCACCCCUGGCAUUAUUUUGCAAUCAGCGACGACGAGUGUUGGCAGACGUACGGGGUGAGACCGGCGCCACCCCACCCCACCUACAAGACUGACUCGGAGGUCGUCUGCACCAGCUACUAUUCCAAAAUUAAGCCCUUGGAGGGUGGAGAGAUUCACACCAACCUAGUGAGCGGUCGACCGCGCGUCAACGCAAGCGAGUUGGACGAGCUGACGCGAGCUCGCUACGUUCGCCUACGGCUGCAGAAGCUGCGUGCCAGUGCCGAGUUCAUGUCACGCACUCACCGUGACCCAAGUUUGGCACGCAAGCUGUUCUACUCGAUCAGGGACAUCAUUGUCAGCGGACAGUGUAUAUGUCACGGGCAUGCCACCAAGUGUAAAUACAACGAAAUUACUGAGGAAACCCAAUGCGACUGCUUGCACAACACAUGCGGUGCCCAGUGCGACCGCUGCUGUCCGCUGGCCAAUCAGACGCCGUGGCUGCGAGGGGGCGUGGCUGGAGGUGGGGCUGGGGGCGUGGCUUGCGAGCCGUGUCAGUGUCAUGGCCACGCCUCCAGUUGUCACUACGACGAGCAAGUGGCUCAAGCGAGGCUCAGUGUGAAUGUGGAGGGCGUGUUCAGGGGUGGUGGUGUGUGUGACAACUGCACGGACGAGACAACAGGCAUAAACUGUGAGCAGUGUAAACCGGGCUGGUUUCGCCCGAGCGGAGUGAGUGCUGAUGCGGCCAAGCCAUGUGUCCAGUGUGACUGUCACUUAAUGGGAUCAACUGGUCUGUGUGCCAACGAUGAUUCACAAGCACAUCUGGGAAAGGAUAAUGUGGAAGGCGAAAGAUGUGACAAGUGUAAAGCGGGCUUUUUCCUGCUUGACCGAGAUAACCCCAAAGGGUGCAUGGAGUGUUAUUGCUCUGGGGUGUCCACACAGUGUGAACCGGCCUCUGGUUACAAACUACAGGAGAUAAGCAGCCUAGUCGGCUGGCUAGUGAGCGACAUCUGGGUACGGCGCACCGUUCUGCCCUCCCUGGAGCCGGAGACAGGUCUGCUGUCAAUCGGCAACUUCGAGCUGCCCGCCGUUGAGAACUACUUCUGGUUAGCGCCUCCAGGUGGCGUGUACUGUGGUGACCGCCUCGCCAGCUAUGGGUCAGCCCUAACCUUCCGUCAGAGCUGGGUCGUCAUGCGAGGCGAUACUAGUGGCACGCCAACGCAGGGACCUGAUGUCAUCUUGAUUGGUGCCAACGGUUUAAAGCUGGGUUUUGGUGCCAACUGGUACCAACAGAACAAUAUCAGUCUGACGGUGCAGCUGCAGGAGCAAGGUUGGUACCACCUGGCACUGGCCGAGGGGGAGGGAGAGGAUGAUGAUGACGUCACAGCCGCUUUCAACCGUUUCGGCUUCAAGGGUCCGUCUGUGACGCGUGCGCAGUUCCUGAGUGUAUUGGCGGAUUUGAAACACGUGUUGCUGAGGGCUAAGUUUCAUACUGAUCAGGCCGAGGCUAGCCUUAUCUCGGCCACCCUGGAGACAGGCGACCGCGGAGGCUUUGGACCCGAUGUGAGUCAUUUGGAGCAGUGCGCAUGCCCAGAAGGCUACCAGGGCUUGUCCUGUCAGGCAUGCGCCUUCGGCUACACCCGUAUCACACCCGAGGGCAGACAGCAUGCCAUCUGUAGCAAGUGUAACUGUCACUCACAUGCUGCCACGUGUCAUCCGGUCACUGGCGAGUGUUCUGGUGAGGCAGGAGCAAGGAGUCUAUACCUUAUCUCGGCCACCCUGGAGACAGGCGACCGCGGAGGCUUUGGACCCGAUGUGAGCCAUUUGGAGCAGUGCGCAUGCCCAGAAGGCUACCAGGGCUUGUCCUGUCAGGCAUGCGCCUUCGGCUACACCCGUAUCACACCCGAGGGCAGACAGCAUGCCAUCUGUAGCAAGUGUAACUGUCAUUCACAUGCUGCCACGUGUCAUCCGGUCACUGGCGAGUGUUCUACAUGUGAACACAACACAACAGGUGCAAUGUGUGAGCGUUGCCAGCGUGGUUACUAUGGCAACGCGCAGCUGGGUCGCCAUGAUGACUGUCGCCGAUGUGCCUGCCCUCUAGCGGAGGCGGCCAACAACUUCAGUCCAACAUGCGAAACAGACAGCCAUGGAGGUUAUGUGUGCACUCAGUGUCCCGUCGGGUAUCAGGGAAAUCAUUGUCAGGAAUGCGCAGUUGGCUACUUCGGCAACCCGAUGACCUUGGGCUCGACAUGCGAGCCGUGCGAAUGCAAAGAUGGCGGACCCUGCGAUCAGCUGACUGGGCAGUGUCUGCGUUGCCAUGGCAACACGGAGGGCUGGAGAUGCGAGCGGUGCAAGCCACAACACUAUGGAGACGCGCAGCUGUCCGAUUGCAAACCAUGUGACUGUGACGUACAUGGCUCUGUGAACUCAGAAUGCAACGAGAUUACUGGUCAAUGUCAGUGUAAGGAGAGAUAUGUCGGGAGGAGCUGCAACCGAUGUCAGGAUGGCCUCGGAAAUGUGACAGCAGGGUGUGUACCAUGCCAGUGUGACGACGUAGGCUCGGCGAGUGUACAGUGUGACACGGUCUCGGGUGACUGCCAGUGUAGGGCGGGCGUAGCGGGGCCGCACUGCAGUCAAUGUCAUCCCAAUCACUACGGGUUCUCCACUAGUGGAUGCAAUAGUUGUGAUUGUAAUUUUCUUGGCUCGAAAUCGUUGGCUUGUGAUUUGGAGACUGGCGAAUGCCAAUGUAAAGACAACGUCGUAGGAAGGACCUGUGAUACUUGUCAGACAGGCUAUUGGGGCCUCUCGGAGACAGGCUGCCAGCCGUGUGCGUGUGACGUGGUCGGUUCCCUGUAUGCGGACGUAUGCGACGCAUACACCGGACAGUGUCACUGUAAACCGGGCGUAGAGGGACGUAAAUGCGAAAAGUGUGCGCAACUCUUUUAUGGCCUUUCCACCUAUGGAUGUUCAGAAUGUGACAUAUGCGACAAACCGGGUCACAUCUGUGACCCAGAUACGGGGAGGUGCGUGUGUCCCCCGCUCACGGAGGGAGCCGACUGCAGCCAAUGUCAGCCGAACUCCUGGGGGUUCGCGGCCCAAUUGGGCUGCAAGCAAUGCAACUGCGACACACACGGCUCCCUUAGUGCACAAUGCAACAUGACAACAGGCGACUGCGCAUGCGCAGAAGGCUUCGAAGGCACACACUGCAAUAGAUGCGCGAAGGGCUACUACGCAUUCCCGCACUGUCGGCCCUGCAAUUGUCACGUGGCCGGAACACGGUCGCAACAUUGUCACCACGUGACUGCCGUGACAGCAGUGUGUCACUGUGACGCUGUCACCGGACAGUGUCCUUGCAAGCAAUGCAACUGCGACACACACGGCUCCCUUAGUGCACAAUGCAACAUGACAACAGGCGACUGCGCAUGCGCAGAAGGCUUUGAAGGCACACACUGCAAUAGAUGCGCGAAGGGCUACUACGCAUUCCCGCACUGUCGGCCCUGCAAUUGUCACGUGGCCGGAACACGGUCGCAACAUUGUCACCACGUGACUGCCGUGACAGCAGUGUGUCACUGUGACGCUGUCACCGGACAGUGUCCUUGCAAGCAAUGCAACUGCGACACACACGGCUCCCUCAGUGCACAAUGCAACAUGACAACAGGCGACUGCGCAUGCGCAGAAGGCUUUGAAGGCACCCACUGCAAUAGAUGCGCAAAGGGCUACUACGCAUUCCCGCACUGUCGGCCCUGCAAUUGUCACGUGGCCGGAACACGGUCGCAACAUUGUCACCACGUGACUGCCGUGACAGCAGUGUGUCACUGUGACGCUGUCACCGGACAGUGUCCUUGCAAGGAAAACGUUAUAGGCCAACGUUGCGACGAGUGUAAACCGGGCACAUUUGGUCUUGAGGCGAGCCUUGAAGCGGGUUGCCUCGAGUGUUUCUGCUUCGGCCGCACCGCCCAGUGCAGUCAGGCUGGCAGCCUCGUGUGGACACAGCUUCGCACGCCGCAUGCGCGCACACUGCUCGUCGCCUACGACUCGAACACCACACAGUUUGCACCGGCCAGCAGUCUAUAUCCGGUCAACACCAGGGAGAUUUGCUACAUCAAUUUAGCCGUGCCAGGCGGCGGUGAGAUGAGUUUGAACGGUGAUGACGUAAGCAAGUGGAAUGUGACCAACAAUCUACGAAUCAUCCCUGGCAAUUUGGGAGAUGUUGAGAUUGGCGUCAACUUCCUAUUUGAUUCACCGCUCUACUGGCAACUACCUCAGUUAUUCCUCAAGGAUAAGAUUCUAUCGUAUGGUGGUUUUCUGAGAUUCACAGUGGAAACGGAAGGCAGUACCCGACUUUUGCCUCCUGCAGUUCUGGCCACAUAUCCUCUGGUGCAAAUUCAGGGCAACAACAAAAUAAUACUAGAACAUUUCCCGAUUCUACACAAUCCUUCGUCCCGACACGAAGUCAGGUUCCAUGAGUCACUGUGGAAAAUGAAGAAUAACCCUAGUAUUAAGGUCUCUCGUCAGAUGUUGAUGAUAGCUCUGCAGAAUCUUCAACACAUCCUCAUCAGAGCCACGGAUACUGUCGAUUUCUCAACUGCCUUACUGCGUGACGUGACUUUGGACACAGCUGUAGAAGCCCCCACCCCCCACCAUCCCACCAGACAGGGGGUGGGCCAAUCAGCACCGGCGAGAGGGGUGGAGGUGUGUGAAUGCCCCUCCCCCUACAACGCUACCUCCUGCCAGAAUCCCAGCCUAGGUUUCUAUAGGUACAAGGGUAGUGGCAAAGAUACAGUCAGCUCUACAAUUUUCAUUCAACUAGUGGGCGAAGCUAGGCCGUGUGAAUGCAACAACCGAUCGACGGUGUGCGAUAUAGAGACGGGACAUUGUUUGAACUGUUCGGACUCGACGGGAGGCGCGCAAUGCGAACGAUGCGCGGACGGCCAUUACGGUUCGCCGGACGGUGACGUGCCGUGCCGUCCGUGUCCGUGUCCGGCUGCGAAUCGCAACCGGGCCGUCAGCUGUGAUGUCAACGAAAACGAGCCUUCACUUACAAAGUGCCACUGUCAAGAGGGAUACACUGGCAAACGCUGUGAAAGGUAUUUACGAAUUCAAAACUGUUCGGACUCGACGGGAGGCGCGCAAUGCGAACGAUGCGCGGACGGCCAUUACGGUUCGCCGGACGGUGACGUGCCGUGCCGUCCGUGUCCGUGUCCGGCUGCGAAUCGCAACCGGGCCGUCAGCUGUGAUGUCAACGAAAACGAGCCUUCACUUACAAAGUGCCACUGUCAAGAGGGAUACACUGGCAAACGCUGUGAAAGAUGCAGCUACGGCUGGUACGGGUACCCGCUGGAGCGAGAUGGCGCGUGCGUGCGCUGUGAAUGCAACAUGUAUGGCAGUGUGAGUGACGAGUGUGACGAGGAGACGGGCCAAUGCAACUGUAGGCCAGGCAUCACUGCCAGGGACUGCAGCCAAUGCCAGCCCAGGCAUAUACUCACGCCCAAAGGAUGCACUUCUUGUGACGAUGGCUGUACCGGUCUACUGCUAGACAAGAUGGACCACCUGGAACAGGUGCUGGCAGACGGGGCCGGCCACCUAGGCGGUGACGAGCACCUUCUGCCGCCCUGGGCUCAGCUGAUGCAGGCCGACACGCACUUCGAGCAUGCGCAGGACACAUGGCUUGUCGCGCAGAACAACGUCGACGUUUGGAGCUGUUGCCAGCUGAUCAACAGCUGUCUAACAAAGGCUAGGCAGCUGCUCAACAAGGCGAAAAAGCUGGAGAAGAACUGCCAUAACACCACUGUUCAUGCGCUGGUAUUGAAAGAGGAAGCAGAUGUGCUAUUGUCUGAGAUAAACGGACUUGAAAAUGAAAGCAAAGGAAUUGUUUCUCGGCUGCAAAGCUACGGCCUGAGCGAGAAUCAGCUGGUGAGUGUAGUGGCUGCACUGAAGGAGGCAAGACAACAUCUGGCCAGGAUAAGGGACACUGACCUUGAACCGAACAACGAGCUCACCAUGCGGGUGCUAACGUAUUGCAACGCCACUCUGAACGAACUGAAAGAGAAAAUCGGAGACAAAGAGAGACUGAACAGCUUGAAGGAUCGUCUCAACAAGCUGCUCGAGCAAAUCGCCGAUAUGAAACUGAUCGUCACUGGAGUUAUGGGCAAAUCUAACGAGGUGAUAAAGCUAAACGACAAGAACCGCCAGAUUUAUAAAAAUGUGGGCAAAACAGUGGAUCUUUCACUGGGUUUUGAGGAGGACGUUGCAAAGUUGAUGAGAGAGAGUACCGACUUGAAAAAUCUGGCGUCUGUGCUUCUGGGGGAGGCCGAGGAUAAUAUUGAGGCCCUUCGCAGAUCGUCAGAUGACCUUAAGGUGCUUACAAAGGCGGUGGAAGAGAGAGAGGGUAUUCUAUUCAACCUUAAUCCAGCUUACAAGGAGAAAUAUGUGAUUCCCGCUCAGACUCAUGCCAACAAUCUCAUGGAGCAGGCACAGAAAUAUGCUGAACUGUUUGUGCCAACCCGUCAGGACGCUGACUUUGCACUGAAGGCGAGUGCUGCCUAUGAGGACAUUGUCAAUGCACUGCAAAGCGCCAAGCAAGCUGCCACCAAUGCGAGUGCUGCAGCUGAUAUAGCUCACGAACAGGCCUACCCUGGCAUUGGAGGACGUGACUCGUUGCUAGACGACGCUAGCGCUACAGGUGUUCAAUCACGGCAACUACUGGAGGACGCCAAACAGCAACUGGCACACACUUUCGCACUCCACAACCAGUUGCACACUCACAAGGCGGCUGUUGACUCGUUGAGGCGCAAUGUGACUAGUGCCUCGCUCGAUGAUAACUCUGUGUUUCGCCAGUUGCAGAAGUUGAACUCUGAUGAAGUUCUGCAAACAGCUGACACCACCCUAGCGAGGGCUGACGAACUGACAGAGACAGCGGCUAAAGUAAAAGAGACGGCCGAUGAUAUCAAGAAGGCAGUGCUUGCCAACCUCAAGCCACAACUGGACAAGCUGGAAGGCCUUGAAGAUAUCAGUCUCAACAAUGCCAAAGACAUGAGUGAGUCACUUCAUUGUAGACUUAUCCGUCUAUCGUUGACCAGUCGUGGUGAAAGAGGUAGUUGCAUCAGAACAUACCAGCCGAGUCAUUUGGAGCCAACUACGAUGACUUCCAUUGUCCUAACCUAUGCCAUCAGUUCACAGCAGAGGGAUGCGUUGCUCUUCUAUCUGCCUAGCACCACCACGGACGACUUUGUGGCAAUCGAGAUGGUGAACAGGAAGAUGCGUUUUGUGUGGAACAUGGGUGGAGGGGUGGGAGAGGUGACGCAUCCCAUGCACAUACAGACGGCCGGCGAUCUCAGCCAAGAUCAGCACUGGUAUAGAGUUGAGGCUGAGAGAAUCAGCAACGUAGGUCGCCUAAUCGUUCGGCCACAGGUGAUGCCUCCAGGCUCCAUGGCGUCACGUCCCGUACAAAACGCCUCCACACCAGGCGUUGGCAGACUGGACGUACGUCGCGGUGAUCUAGUCUGGGUGGGAGGUCUACCUUCCCCCACCACUGCUCCGCCUUCUGGCCACGCUCACUUGCCGCCCGGAGGCUCCACCCACUUUGCGGGAGACUCCGCCCAUUUUACGGGAGGCCACGGCCAGUCGCCGGGAGGCCACGCCCAUUCGCCCCACCCUGCACUGCUGAGCACGCAGAAGGGCGGAGCCAGCCGGGGAUUGGUUGGCUGUUUGCAUCGGUUGAUGCUGGAUGGACGGAGUAUAGGGCUGUGGAACUUUAGGGGCCAAUCGCAGCAGGCGUGUACAGCUUGUAUUGAGGGAGCGGAGGAAGUUGUUGAAGAGCAGGCAUUCAGUUUCUCCGGUGACAGCUAUGCAGUUUUGACAUAUGACAGCUCGAGUGCUUACAACAAGUAUGUGUUCUCUGUCUCUCUCUCCUUCCGCACACUCGACGAGAAUGCCCUCCUAUUUCAUGCCGUCGGAGAGCAGCCUGACCGGUACAUUACGCUGACACUGCGCGAAGGCCGAGUGGUGUUCCUCAUCAGCUACGGCAGUGAGUGGACUCUGGAGACGAGUACGCAUGCGCAGUAUAACACUGGCAAUUGGACCCGUCUUGAAGCAAGUCGUUACUACGAUCGCAAGAAUAAGGUCGAAAAAGGUGUUCUGAAAGUAGACGACGAAGUUCGCGACGGUUCACCGCAACACCCACCCAGUCAGGACGCCAUUCCAGAUCUGAGCGGGGCGCGCUUCUACUUUGGGGGUCUGGCCCCUGGCUAUCAUCUUCCACCCCCGCCUACUACCACCUCACUGCCCCCUGGGGGCGGCGCCCUGUCCUUCCUCGGAUGCAUGUCCGAUGUGCAAGUCAUGCAGGAAGGGUACAACUUGCUCAAGGGCAAGUUUUGGGGUGUGCAGGCUGCAUGCUCCAGUAAGCCAUUAACUGUGGCAGGAUUCCACGGUGACGGCUUUUUACAGUUGGCGUCACACCAUCUCAAGCGAAAGGCGUCGUUCGGCUUUAUCUUUGCGACGGCCCAGCAGGACGCCCUUCUGAUGCUUUCCACCUUUGAAGGCCUGGAUUCUCCUAUUGAUGAGCGGGAAGAGUUCACUAACACAAUAGAACAGGAGCAAGACCGCCUGAACUACUACACGGCGUCACUGCGCCGCGGUCAGAUCGAGGUGCGACUGAACGCGGGUCGCGGCGAGGUGCGACUGGCCUCUACCGGGUCGGAGUACGGCGACAGUCGCUUCCAUUCGGUAGCCGUUGCCAAAAUGGGUCGUCGACUCGAGUUGCGAGUGGAUGACGUAGUUCAGGCCACGGCCACCCUUCCCGAGGGCGCCACCGUCGUUAAGGCCCCUCCGCCCCACCAGGGCGGCCUGUACUUUGGGGGCUUGCCCCCUGGCUACAACACGACCGGGCGGACUAUUAGCAAUGUGCCCCUAGUCGGCACUAUCAAGGAUGCUAUAUUUAACGAUCAAUUAUUACACUUCGACCAGCCGGUCACGUUCUAUCAUGCGCAAAUCGGCCGCACAGGUCCGAACAGUCGCGGAGGCGGUAGCGGAGACGGAGGCGGUGCCGCCUCUGACGGUGCCCUAGGUGGUAAUGCGGAAAUGGCAGCCGCCGCCCCCAUGCCAGGCGGCACCCUAGGCUGUCGCAAGGUUAGCAGUUACCAGCUUCAACCAGGGGCGGUGAAGUUUGGUGACUCUCCACACACGCACGUUCACAUGCACUUGCGUAAACGCGCCACCCUACAGAAGAACUACACGCUAGAACUGCAUUUCCGCACCUACUAUCCUGAUGGACUUAUAUUCAUUGUGCCUGGUACACCGCAGAAGCGAAUGCAUUACAUGAUGGGUGCGUUGCGCAAUGGCCGUUUGCAGAUAGUGGUGAAAGGUCGGCGGAAAACUGAGAUGACUGCGCAGGCAGUCCUCAAUGAUGGAGCCUGGCAUCAUAUGACAUUGGAGAAAGAAGACAGGAAAAUGACGCUGAGUGUUGACUCCAUUGAUCCUGAGAAAACGAAAACGCCCAAAAAAAUGAACAUCGGGCCAAUCAUUUAUUUGGGAGGCAUUCCUGAAGGAGCCACAACUCUGCCUGACUCAUUGGUGUCUAAACUGCCGAGUUUCAAGGGCUGUAUGCAGGGCAUGAAACUGAACGUCACAUUUGAGGACUUGGUCGGUGAUAAGGUCAAGUCACACAAGGUGGGGCAAUGCUUCCCUCAGGUUGAACGAGGCUCCUACUUCCCUGGUGAUGCCUAUGCCAUAUAUGAAAAGAAAUUCAAUGUGGGUAACCUUGUUGAGUUGGAACUGGAGUUCCGUACAUCGGAGAUGAAUGGCAUCCUGCUAUCGGUGUCUCAGCCUGAGAACUACCCCGCUCUGUCGCUUGAACUACAUAAUGGCAAAGUUGUUAUGCAAGGUGAUAUGGGUGACAGACGACCAUUUGUCGUGGAGGAGUCGCUUGUCGGAGGCAGCGUUUGUGACAAUCGGUGGCAUCGCAUAGAGGCGUCACUAACUGACAACGACAAACUUACGCUAAAGUUGGACCAACAAAUGCCCCAGAAGUACUGGCUGAGCGAUAAUGGCCAUUUGACCGCCACCCAUACUAAUAGUCCGCUGUAUAUUGGCGGUCUGCCUGACCAAGCAUCAGCCGGCAUGUUGCGAACGCGGGAGAACUUCAAAGGCUGCAUCAGGAAUGUGAUGAUUGGUGGAGAACGUAGAGAUUGGACACAGAUGGCAGCACUGCAUAACAUUCUACUAGGAUCCUGUCCGCUGCCCAGCUGAUCCUAACCUACAACAGCUGAUAAGAACUCAUCCUAACUGAUAAUCAGCUGAUUAGGGCUCAUCCGGCUGUUAAAAAGCUGAUAAGAACUCAUCCUAGCUUAUAUAAAGCCUAAAUACUCAUCCUAGCUGGUAAACAGCUGUAAAGAACUAGCUGGUCAUAGUUGAUGGACAGCUGAUAAGAAGUCUUCCUAGCUUAUAGGGACUCAUCGUAGCUGAUAGACAACUUAAACAGUAUUAGACAAUUAGCUAAAAGACACAAAAUGUAGAACCAUAACCACCUCUAUACGUUAUAAUGGCAGUAUUUGAUCA